UUGAUAUCUUUAUAUUUCUUUUUUCAUUUUUUUACAUAUACAUGGUUCGAUUUAAAUCUCGUUAUAUAGUAUUUCAAAUUUUUCAAGAAAACCAACUUAUAUCUGGUCUUUUUAACACAAACACUACUUUUCAAAGGUCUUCUUUUCCUAUUAAAUUGACAGAUGAAUUAACAACCUUAACAUCUCAUGCUUUAUUGAAUUUAAUUAAAGAACAUGUUUAUUUUAAUUUUGGUGAUUGGGGACAAGGGCUGAUUGCAGCAAGUUUAAAUAUCAAAUAUUAUUCUCCAGCAACACAUACAGGCAUUAUUCGUGUAUCACGGCAACAUUAUAGACUUGUAUGGGCAGUAUUAACAUUUAUAAAAACAAUUCAAGAUCAACCUGUAUUAAUACGUGUUCUAAGAAUAAAUGGGACAAUAAAAAAAGCGGAGAUGUUUUUGAUUCAACGCAACAAAGAUUUGCUAAUUAAAGAAAAACUUGGAAAAAAUAUUUAAUAUAUUAAACAAAAUACAUAUUACAGUAGUUUUUUAAUAGAAAAAU